UUAUUCGUUUUUAAUACAUUCGCUUAUAGUCCGUCCGCCCUAUCGUUUCGUUUGGAAAAUUCAGGAAAACACAAAGUUAAAAGAUUAUCUACAGUUGUCUGACAUUAAAGUUACUAUGGGUCAGACUUACAGUACACAAGCAUUUAGUGAUAUUGAUUCAUAUCUGACAAGCAAGAAAAAGGUUGAAAAUCAGAAACUUGUCAGAAAGACUCAAUCAGUAACACCGCUUCAAAAUCGAACAGAAAUUCAGCAAAUUCAGGAAUCUUGGUCCACGCAAGCAGAGUUUCUGGAAGAGGACCAGAAAACAUUGAACCCAGCAUUUCCUACUCUUGCAAAAGAAGAGGAAUCAAACAAGCUGCUUGAAGAUGAGAUGACAAAGAGCCGUCUCCUGGGGGAAAGAGUUGAACACCUCGAACAAGAAAUGUGGAACAAAGAUGCUGAAAACGCUAGUCUCAAGUCAGAAAUAUGUAAAUUGAAUGAGAUGGUUGCCGUAGAACAGCAGAAGACCUACCAAGAACAGGUCAACCUCUACCAUGAGCAGGUGAAGACCUACAAUGAAUGGGAAGAGAAACAAAAGGAGAUAGAAAAGAAUAAAAUUCUCCAAGAGAAACUUUUAAAAGUAGAGGAAGAGUUGUUGAACAUUAAAACUCGGACUACUGUUGAAAAUGAUACGGACCUAAUGGAUUCGAGCGAUUCUGAGGCCACUCUUGUUAAUUGUGAUGUAAGUUACGUACCCGAACAAAGGAUAUGCCACAAAGCCGAUGACCAAGCUUAUAUGACCUCUUCUAUAAGCGAACCAACCGAACAAUUUGAUUUUGAGCACGGAAUCAUUAAAGAAAAGUUGCAGCCGAUUCCGAUUGUUCCUAAUCCAGAUGAUUCUGGGAUUGACUCUGAGACUAACAUCAAAAACCAGUGUAAACCAGUCAAACCUGAACCUGAAUUUAUUAAUACUGAUGACGUUGAACGCGAAGUUGACAUGAUGAUUUCCUUGUGCAACGCAGAAGAAGAGGUUGAACAGUUAAAAUACUAUCUUCGACUUUCACAAGAGGAAAUUUACAUCGCCAGAGCUCAGGAACAUGACUUGUACGAGAGACUGCAGGAAGUUGAGCAGGAUAGAUUUCGUUUGGUUCAGCGAGUUAAUGGUUUAUUCAAAACCAACCAAGCAUACGAAAAAGAUAUUACAGUGCUGCGUGAUUUGAAUAAGAAAUUGAAAGACGGCCUUCUCGAGAUGCAGUCUGAACUUUGUGAAACCGAGGAUCACAACGCAAAAGUGUUCCAGAACAUAACCACCGAAAAUGAAAACCUGAAAGAACGACUUCUCGACUACAAAGAUAUGGUUCAGAACCUAACCGUUGAAAAGAUAAAGCUGUCCGGUGACAAUAAAGGACUCACCAACAAACUCGUCGCUUUUGAGACUUACUGUGUCAACUACCAAAAUAUGGUUCAGAAUCUAACCAUGGCAAAGGAAAAACUGUCCGCGGAAACUGAAAACCUCAACAAACAACUUGUCGAGGAACGGUCUGGUUUUUGUGCCAUGGAAUUGGAGGUUGGCUACAAAGAUGUGGUUCAGAAUCUAACCAUGGCAAACGAAAAGCUGUCCGCGGAAACUGAAAACCUCAACAAACAACUUGUCGAGGAACGGUCUGGUUUUUGUGCCAUGGAAUUGGAGGUUGGCUACAAAGAUGUGGUUCAGAAUCUAACCAUGGCAAACGAAAAGCUGUCCGCGGAAACUGAAAACCUCAACAAACAACUUGUCGAGGAACGGUCUGGUUUUAGUGCCAUGGAGGCCGGCUACAAAGAUAUGGUUCAGAACCUAACCGUUGAAAAUAUAAAGCUUUCCGGGGACAAUACUGAACUCAAAAACAAUUUCGCCUCUUUAGAAUCUUACUGUGCCGGCUAUAAAUACGUGGUCAAGAAUCUAACCAUGGACAAGGAAGAACUGUCCGCGGACAAUGGCAGCCUCAACAAACAACUCACCGAAGCACGGUCUGGAUUUUGUCUUAUGCAGGAGGAGUACAAAUUCCUGAUCGAUGACAUGACCACGGAGAAUCAGUAUCUCACCGAGGAGAAUCAGGAGCUAACUUCGGAAAAGAAGAAACUGCACAAAAGGCUUAAAAAAUGUCAAGGGUAAUAUCGUAACCUACGUAGUACGUAGUAAAGUGCAAACCUCAACCUGCCCUGAACUAGCUCGCUGAAAAAAGAGAAGUGCCACAACACAAACCCCACAAUUGUGAAAGUCUGCUUCACACGCACCUCUCAAACACCAACUGUAUGCAGAUGAAGAUAGAAGAAAUGUAAACCGAAGAGAAGAUAAACGACCCCUGAUAUUGACACCAAGAAGAGGACCUGUAAAACACGGCAAGAAGAAUAUUAUUUAAAGUUUGAUACUCGAUAUAGAGUUGAGUUAUAAUAUGUUAAGUUACUCUGAUGAAAAGGCACAAUGUUUUCGUCCAUCUUAGUAGCUUGAUAUGAUCACAUUAUUUGGAUAUAUGAGUCUAAGGGACUGUUCACUCAUGACAUACUACAUUUACUUUCUGAGCACAUUAUGUGCAUAAUUUCCUACCAUUCUUGUGGGAGUAACUAUUAUCUCUGAGUGAAAUGAGCGAACAAUUUCUUCUGAAUAAUUAAUAUGAGGAAUACGACUUGAUCGUGAGAUUAAGUGACUUUGAAGAAUACAAGGUACUUAAUAAAGGUAACUUGAUUAUGAA